UCCCCUCCCCUCCCUCCGCCGAGCUGUCAGUGACAGACAGCAGCGCACAUGAGCCUCGGUGCUGCAGACGGAGGAGAACACCCGUCCAUGAAACUGCUCCUCGGCGUUUUCACUCAAACGGGGCAAGGACAUAACAUGACACUCCUGUCAUCUGUCCGGACUGAGCUCAGACACGUCGGAGGGCUGAGCUGCCUGCUAAUGAGAGUAGUUAGCUUAUAAGCUAAUGUUAACAGAUCUGCUUUCUGCUGUCGGCUAACGAGCCUUAGCUUGGCUAGCAAAGGUCGGAGGGACUCCCGCUAGCUCCUCGCUUCCAUUAACGAGUCAAUUUAAUCAUUUCUUUAAAGGCUAUUACAGGGGUUGUGUGUUGUUUCCAACGGGACAUCACAUUCCUCCUGUUCUUCUACAUUUAUUCAUUUAACUGAAUUUAUCGGAGGCUAGCAAGCUCCUCGGCUAUGCUAACAGCUCAGUGAGAGCUCAUCACAGGCUGCAGAGAGAGAGAGAGAGAGAAAGAGAGAGAGAGAGAUCCACACAGGGCUGCGGAGAGAGAGAGAGAGAUCCACACAUCAAGGGAGGAAGAGAGAGAGAGAGAUCCACUCAUCAAGGAAGGAAGAGAGGACUUAUGAUGUGGGCUGAGGGAAGCGGAGGACUGUCAGGCAGUAGUAUUAGCCUUUAAGAAGACUCGUUUUCUCUCAUUAGUCCUGGUCGUGGUCCCAAGCUAACCUGUGUGGGACGGUGGAUGAAGAAAAGCAUUGGGACACUUUGAUUUGCGAGCUGCCUGGAUGAAUAGUAUCCGUGUUGCUGAGUCGUGAGCUGGUGGUCGCUGUGCCAGCUUCAAAGAGGGAGACACUGACAAGAUUACAAUAACCAGCCAGGUUGCUUAAAGAUGGCUUCGGCGAGCAGUAUUGCCGCAGCUAUUGCGAGCAAAACGAAGACGAAGAAGAAGCACUUCGUGGCUCAGAAAGUGAAGCUCUUCCGUGCCAGCGACCCUCUGCUCAGCGUGCUCAUGUGGGGAGUCAACCAUUCGAUAAACGAGUUAAGCCAUGUUCAGAUUCCCAUCAUGCUCAUGCCAGACGACUUCAAGGCCUACUCCAAGAUCAAAGUGGACAACCACCUCUUCAACAAGGAGAACAUGCCCAGUCAUUUCAAGUUCAAGGAGUACUGCCCCCUGGUGUUCCGAAACCUCAGAGAGAGGUUUGGCAUCGAUGAUCUGGAUUUUUUGAACUCCCUGACACGCAGCGCUCCGUUGAACAGUGAGGCCCAGGGGCGCAGCGGGGCUCGCUUCCACACCUCCUGUGACAAACGCUACGUCAUCAAGACCAUCAGCAGCGAGGACGUGGCCGAGAUGCACAACAUCCUAAAGAAAUACCACCAGUUCAUUGUUGAGUGCCACGGGAACACACUGCUGCCCCAGUUUCUGGGGAUGUACCGGCUCACCGUGGACGGGGAUGAGACCUACAUGAUUGUUACACGCAAUGUCUUCUCUCAUCGCCUCUCUGUCUUCAAAAAAUAUGAUCUCAAGGGUUCCACUGUGGCAAGAGAGGCCAGCGACAAGGAGAAGGCCAAGGAGCUGCCCACGUACAAGGACAAUGACUUCAUUAACGACGGCCAGAAGAUCCACAUCGAUGAGGAGAACAAGAAAAUGUUCCUGGAGAAGCUCCGGAAAGAUGUGGAGUUCCUGGCCCAGCUGAAGCUUAUGGACUACAGCCUGCUGGUGGGAAUCCACGACGUGGAGCGGGCCGAGCAGGAAGACGUGGAGAGCGAGGACAACGAGGCUGAGGAUGAAGGAGAGAGCGACGGAGGUGGCAUCGGAACGCCUCCCGACAGUCCCAGUAACACCCUGGACAGCACCAAGCCUCUGUCACCCGGAGAGUUCGACCCCAGCAUCGACGUCUACGCCAUCAAAAGCAAUGAGAGCGCUCCCAGGAAGGAGGUUUACUUCAUGGCUGUCAUAGACAUCCUGCAGCACUACGAUGCCAAGAAGAAAGCUGCUCACGCCGCCAAGACUGUCAAACACGGGGCCGGAGCGGAGAUCUCCACGGUGAACCCCGAGCAGUACUCCAAGAGGUUCUACGAUUUCAUCACCACUAUCCUGUCAUAGCCUCCAGGAGGGACGGGGGCACAGGGGCACGUGGGAGAGGGGAGGGCGAGCAGGGAGCAGGCUGAGGAGAGAGGUGACGGAGAGAGCUGUUUUAAUAAGGUGCUGUGAUGGCUUUGUGUCACUCUCUCUUCCUCCCUCUCUGUUUGUCGCUCCCUCUUCCAGCGGGGUGCCACGCUCUGCAGCUAAACAAAAACCCAUCAUUCGUUUACAUUUAACCUCUCCUCUGUUGAGUUCGUGUGUUACUUUGGAUGAUAAGGGUGUUUAAAGCAAGUGUCCAAGUCAUUACUUUUUUUACAUCAUUUGUUUUUGUCUGUUUCGUUGUUUAUGUGGGAAUACAGCUUUUUUAAUUGCCUCUAACACAACAUCCAGCACCCUGCGUUUGUUUAUGAUUUUGUUUGUACUGUGCGGGUUUAGACGUCUGGGGGAGUUAGGGGGAGGGUGCACAGGUAGAGGCGAGUGCAGAGGUCAGAUUAUGGCACAAAAAGAGGUUCCUCUCCAAAAGAAGGCUGCAGUGUGAGCUUGUGAGGAAGCCUCGCCUAAUGCAAUCUCUUCAUUUCAGGAAGUAGGAAGCAGUCUUCCAAAAGGCCAACUGCCAGACCCCCGCCCGAAAAGCUCCACGAGUACUCAGCCAAACCAACCUUCACAUUGAGCUCCCUCUCCAUCACUUUAGACGCCUUCAGUCCCCUCCUCAUCCUCCGUGUAGUUACUGAAUCAUGCUUCUGGGUUAUCCUCUGUGCUGAGUUCACGUGUCGCAGUAAACUAUAGCGCUCUAGUUGGUCGUCAGUGUACUUGUAUUGACUCUGAAUACGUUGGGCAUUGUUUGGUUGUUUAUUUUGUUCCUGUGGAAGAGAAUGACCCAGAAGUCCUGUGUGGUUAUUGUGAUUUAGAAUGAGGUCACUCCCUGUUAUAUCUCGGUAAAAGGGCGUCACAUGAAAACAUCAGCAGCCCUUAACUUUCUGUUGCCAUCAGCACCUUAUGAGUGAAUCAAAAACGUUGCACUUUUAUUUGUCAGUAGAGGUUAGGAGCUCUCGUUCUGUUACAUACGCCGCAACCAAGAGGAAGAAUGAAUCUUUCGAGGCCUGAUCUCAAACCCUUCUCCUCCGCUACGCCUCACCCGCGGCUGCUUCUCACUGGGAGGAUUGUUAGGGAAGCGUUUUUGCAAUAUUUGAGGAAGAGAGUGGAAGAGUUCUGUCCACAGGGCUUUUUGUAAACCAACCUUUAAUCCUCUUUGAGAAUCACGCUGCUGCGGCGAAGGUGUAGUGGUGUUGGGUUGUGGGAGCAGGCGGCAGUGCGAGUGUGCGUUCAGACUGUUUACCUCCAGCAUCGUACCAGCACACACCCAACGAUGGCGAGCGACGUGUGUGUGUGUGUGUGUGUGUGUGUCAGUGUUCAUAAAGAGGGGGAGAAAGAAAAGAGGCGAGGAGGGAGGUAGGGAAGACAAGCCUUGUGUUGUUAAACAUUAACACAGUCAAGCAUGGAGCUCUUCUCUGACCUCCUCUGAGAGUCACUUCUUCAUCGUCGUGUCGUCGUUGUUGUUGACUUUUUUAAAGGUGGUUUACCUGUGUUUGAAUUUGGCGGUUUUAUGCAUCGAUGUGGUAAUAUUUUUUUCUUUGUUUGUGUUUCUUUUGUAUAUUUUGCACAAGAGGAAAGGAACCAAAUGUUACGAAUACGAUCCCAAUUAGUCAAUAUGGUCUUAACAAGGGAAAUGCAAUAUACUUGUAUGUAAGUGAGAAACGUUGUUGUGCGUGUGAUGUUGUGUAUCACUUUCUGGAUAACCAACUAAAACAAGUAAAGUCGUCCUCGUUGACUAUUCUAACCCAUGCAAAAAGCUUCCAUCACGACGUGUUUGUUUGGAAUCAUAGAUUAUAUUCACAUUUAUAUUUUUACAUUGGAUUUUACUCAUGAAAUAUAGUCGUAUUUAAAAAAAAGGAGCCACCCUUUGGAAUGACUGAUGCUGUGUUAAAUGAAGAAUGAUACUGCUUGAAUUUAUAACGCUUACUCUAGAUGUACCUAAAAGAAAAAGUCAAAAAAAAUUAAACCUGCAUGUCACAGGACUACGUUUCCUUCCCCUCUCUCGUCUGUGUCGUCAGGUUCUCCUCGUGUCCCCUCUUUAACCAGAUCUGUUAGCUGUUGGCGUAAACUAGUCCCUACCAUGCUUUAAAUAACUGUUUCAUUGUAUACACUGUGCAAGAUGUGUGCCUUUAUACUCCGAAAUUAUUUAAUUUUAUAUUUUGUAAUCUUUUUUUAAAACAAAGGUAAAGGUUAUUUUAAUAAUAGGGUGUUUACUUUGACAUGCAUUGUUUCCAACGUUGUGUUUUUGACGCCCCGGCUGCUUCCACUCUACUUAAAUCAUCCUAAAACAAAUCAUAAAACAAAGCCGUUCUAAUGAUUGUGUUUGAACAGACAAAAGAUGAACCAUCUGUCUUUGAUUUAAAUACGGUGGAAGAGCUUCAAUUCUGUAACUGCAAAUCCAUAAAUCUGACUCUUCAGUGUGUGCAGGCGUCCUUUACCUCCGAGUGAGGUUUCGUCUGCUGAUAUUUACCCCGUGUUCCUUCACGCUGGUCCUGCCUUUAUAAAGAACGUGUGUGUGCGUGUGUGUGUAAGUGGAGUGUGUGUGUGUUGUGGUUGUGUUUCGAUGUGCUUCCCCCUCACCUCAGGAGUCUGUCAGCAUCUUCAUCCAAGAACUCACCUCCCAAAAGGCGCAGUCUUAUUUCAGGAAUGUUAUUUCAUUUUUAUUUUCGUCCAAUAUUUCACUCCUCCUCUUCCUCCUCGAUGUACAGCUUCCUUGUGUUCAUCUUUUUUUGCCUGCGUGUCAUCAGGGAGGGUUUCAGCUGAUAGAUCAUCCUGAGUCAGUGGUUAUUUGAUAUUUCUGUGUUCUUCACUAUUAAUCAGAUGUUUUGUUUCUGUUGUAGCUCAACCUGUACAUAGAUAAUGUCAUACAGAAAACACCUCCCAGCAUGCUCUGCUCCGUUCGGCCCUGGAGGCUCACACAGAAACAAAUAGAAAACAGAGCAGUGCAUGCUGGGAGAGAGAGUUUUCUUCUGUUUUGUUUUGGGAAAAUGAACUCUGGGUCUCAUAAGGAUGCCAGACUUUAACAGAUGCAAUGAAUGAUGAUAAUACACACGCCCUGCAGCUGAACCUUCACAUGAAUUAGUCCCUGCUUUAGAGACUUCUCAUGAACACGGCCACCCUUCACUUGCCAAAAGCAUCUUUGAGCAGUCCGAACUUCCCCACAUGAGCUUGAAGAACAUUGUGUAUCGUGUAAAUGUGUGUGUUUGUUUGAAAUGUUUGUAUUUUGUUUGUUUUUUUGGGAGAUGGAGCGAGGUAUGCUUCGCUGAUAAGUGAACCUGUGAAAAGUUUGUUUUUUUGCAAGUGUUAAGGGAAAGAUUGAUCACAAAUGCAAAAAAAAAAAAAAUACAGAGGCCAGGCGAGAUCUGCAGGGAUGGUAAUAAAUCCUUUGGCUUUUAAAAAAAUGCAAAUCUACAAAUAUUUGUUGCAAAGAACAAAAUAAAUAAAUGGAGAGUAUCUCAGUCCUCUGCAUGUCACGUUGAGUCUAAACGCACCAGGCCUGGAGAAACAUCCCCUCCUGCAAAGAAGCUUUGGCCUCAACACGGUCCAGAGUGCUUUCAAACCACUUCUAAAAAUAUGCAUCAGUUAGAGCAUUACUCUGUGUGUGUGUGAGAGAGAGAGAGUGUGUGUGUACGAGUGUGUGUUUGUUCAUUGAUGUCUGACAAUGGUUGAUGAGAGUUUCCUUUCAGUGGCAGAGAGGCCAAAUUGUUGAUGUAUGUGUAUUGGUCUUCACAUUUAAUGAUGAUGAUAAUAAUAAUAAUACACUCCAUUCCAUAAGCGUUCACUCAAAACAAUUAAAGCACUUGUUCUGCUUAACUCCAA